AUGUCCAAGCGUCUGAACAAGAGACAGAUGCGCGAGCUCGAGGAGCUGCAGGCACUGAAGGCUGUUGAGUCGUCCACACCUCGCGGCGAGUCUGAGGGAGAGUCGGAGGACGAGGAGGAGGCCGCGCCCGCGUUCAACCCCUUCGCUGCUGGUGACGAGCCAGAACCGGAAGAGGAGGAGGAGGAGGAGGCGCCGGUAGCCGCGAAGAAGAAGCAGAACAAGAAGAAGAAAAACAAGAAGAAGAAGAAGGGCGGCGAGUCCGCUGCCUCGACGCCAGCGAAGACGGACGAGCUCGAGGGACUCGACGAGGUCGAUCGUGCGCUCGCCGAGCUGAAGCUGAAGUACGGCGAGGACGCUGCCCCCGCCCCCUCAGCGCCCGAGACGAGCGAGUCCCGGUCAGCUCUGAAAUUCCGCAACCUGCUCAGUGUGGACCCGAAAAACCUCGACGCGGACGCGGAGCUGCGACGUUUCUUUGGCUCCAAGGUCAUCGCAUCUGCGGACGCUGCGACGCCACGCCACCGCGGACACGCCCGCAUGCAGGCUGCGCUCAGCAAGAUGCGCUACACCCUCGCCAAGCCGAAGGCGACGUACCCGCCCCCGACGUCGCUGGCGGGGUUGAACAUGCACGAGAUGGCUGAUGAGGACGUGGCCGACCUCUACGACCGGAGAGGAUGGGAGCAGACCGACCCGGGAGAGAAGUGGUACACGUUUGAGCACUCGCCGGCGUGGCGAGAGAUCGAGCGGCAGUUCCUGGGCGCGCUGACGCCAGACCCGAACGAGCUCAUGGCCCUGCUGCAGGUCUACCCAUGGCACGUCGACACGCUCCUGCAAAUGUCCGAGGUGUACCGACUGCAGAACGACAUCGGUGCCGCGUCCGACUUUGCCGAGCGUGCGCUGUACGCGUUCGACCGCUGCCUCGUCCCGGGCUUCAACGUGCAGAGCGGCGCCUGCCGUCUCGACUUUGACUAUGUCGAGAACCGACCAAUGUUCACAGCCCUGCACCGCAUCAUCGGCUACCUCGGCCGCAGGGGAUGUUGGGCGACAGCCUUCUCGUUCGCCAAGGUGCUCUUCGCGCUCGACCCCGAGGGCGACCCGCACGGCGCGGCGCUGUGGCUCGACUUCCUGGCCGUGAAGAGCGGGAACGGGCAGUGGCUCCUCGACAUGCUGGCGCAGCGCGAGACGAGUCGUGCCGCAGCGCUCUGGCACGGGUAUCCGGGCAUGGGGUGGAACCGGGCGCUCGCUCUGCGGCAGAAGGAGACAGCAGAGAAGGACAAGGAGCACGCGGCGAGCACGGCCGCGCUCGUGCAGGCGAUGAAGACGUUCCCCGAGGUCAUCGUCCUGCUGGCGGACAAGAUCAAUGCGAACAUCCCCGCCGCCGCGCGCCAGAGCCCCCUCACGCACGUCGAGGCGGGAUACAGCGGCGAUCCCUCUGUCGUGAUCCACCUCCUGUCGCACAUCUACGUGGCGCGCAACGAGGCGCUGUGGAAGGAACCGGCCGUCCUGGCGUGGUUCGAGAAGACUGUUCGGGACAACAUUGAUUCCAUCGACGACGGCCCCGCACGCGCGGCGCGAGCGGAAGCACACGCCAUCGCGCAGACCCCGCGCGACCUCGGCGCAGACGGCGAGCUCGCCAUCCCCCUCAAUAUCUGCCGGCACGUGCUGUGCUCAGAGUCGACGAGCUGGCUCGGCUUCCUUCCGCCCAGUGUGACCUCGCGGCCAUUCCACGCAUACGACCCGCUGCCGCCAUCGAGUGCGCAAACGGCGUACGACGCGCAGUACUUUGACCCCGUUGCGCGUGUGCGUGGGGCCGGGUUCCGCGGCGCAGCGGGCGGACAGCAGGUCCAGACUGAGAUGCUGGCACGGUUCUUGGGCAUGGUGCGCGGCAUUGUGGGGCAGGAGCCGGGCCAGUGGCCGCAGCCCCUGCACGAGGCGUUCCAGCAGUUUGCAGGGCGCGCACCCGAGGACAUGCCUGUUGCUGAACGCGCGGCGCUCGUGAGGGAUCUGGUCAGGACGUGGGAGGAAAUCGUGGCUGGGUUCCAGAAUGGAGAAAUCGACUUCGGGGAUAUGGGCGAUACUGGGGGUGGUGACAUGCCGGGCGCUUUCCCGUAG